AUGAACUGGGUUGUAAUUUUUUGGCUACUAUUAUCGAUAAUUCCAGUAAAAGGAAGACCAACCCAGAUCGGGAACGACAAGUGGACACAUAAAAUAAGGAGAUAUGAAUUCAGAUUGUCAGCAUCUCCAACUACAUCUCAAUUGCCUGUACCUCUGUUAUCGUCUCCAGCUCUUUUCUCCUUCUCUGAAGGUGGUUCUGGUGUUUUACCAUCAACUUCGCACUUUUUUGUCCCAGUUUCAGACCUUUCUUUUUCUGCUUUGCCUGCUCCUGGUUCCCACGAAAUUUUUUUUCAAGCUCCUCCAACAAUGAUUGGUUCCCAAAAACAGGUGAUUAAUUCCACUGGCCGCCCUACUCCCACUGCUCUCAUUUUGUCUGGCCUCAAGGCAGACUUUAAAAAAUUGCACAAUGUUUUGUCCUGUUCACAUUGCCAGACUACAGGCAAAAUUGUUUCUAAUGGGUCUACUUCUCAUACUGGUAGCCCACAGUUUAAAUGCAAAUGUGGUGCAACAUUUACUGCUUCAUCCAUGCAAUCUUUGAUCAAUGCAGUCCAACACAAAAUUCCUGAAGUUCGUUCUGCAAGUGAGCCUGUUGUGUCCCCUUCUGUUUCCAUCUUGGGUCAUAGUAUUUCCAUGGCAGAUAUCCAUGAAAUUGAAUCUGACGUUGCACCUGUUCUUCCAACUGUAAUGCCCACUCUUCAGGAUAUUUGGGACCGUUUCCAGGCUUAUGAUGAACGUCUUUCUGCAUUGGAGGCUGUUCAAAAAGAGAAUAUUGAGUUGCGUAAGGCUCUUGCUACUGCAAACGCCACUAUUGCACGUUUGACAAAGGAGAAUGUUGAUUUUUCUGUUGGUGCUGCAGCAUCCAAAUAUGCUACUAUUGCUGCCUCUGUUCCAGUUGUUUCUCAGGCUGAUUUUCCAUCACUUCCUGCAUCCCUGACCCAUCAUUCCACUGAACCCACCAAGACUUUCGUUUCUAAAACACCACAUAAAAGGGCUCCAACUGCUAGGGCCAUUGCUGCUGUUGUUCGUGGCAUGACAAUUAAAGAAAAUGCUGAUCAGGGGUUUCAAAUUGUUUAUGUACCUAAUGCUAUCCGUCUCCCCAUUAGUACUCAACGUCAACGUCUUAGGAAAUUAAAGAUAGACAAUGCACGUGUGCUGGAUCUCCACUAUCCUGAUCGUAAGGUGAUGGGAAUGCUUGUACAUAAUGAGUAUGCUCCUGAGCUCAAGACUAUCUUGGCGAGUUAUGGUGUUACUACUUUGGAUAACUUUGAUCCUCUGGACCCUGUUCACCUCCGUGACCCAGCUCUGGCCUCUCUUUCACUUGAUGAUAGGGCAACAAAAGCUAUACAUGUUUACAAUGAUCGUAUGCUACGUGCCAUUGAAUUCAUUAGGGCUCCUGUCAAGUUUGCUGUUGCACGUUUCUUUUGCUCUCAGGGAUGGAUUAGUGAUGACCAACUAGCUGAGAUUGUUCCCCCACGACCCACCAAAAAAGACUUGGACAUCUCUAUACAUACUGCCAUAACAAUUACAUUAUGGAAUGCAAAUGGUCUUGCAAAACAGACCAUACCUACGAUCCUUUCAUAUGCUCCACUUACCUCCCUUCUUUUUAUCACUGAAAUGUGGCUUUUGUCCCCCCAUCGUUAUCCUACUUCUUGGCAGCAGUACCAUACCUAUGGUCAGUCUGUCCCCAAUGCUAGCCGUGGCUGCAUGGGUAUUUCUCUUCUUGUAAAUCCUUCUUUCCCUUACCCCAUUUCUAUUGUUCCUUCUUCUUCUCCUUAUGUUCUUUCUUGUAUUGUAUUUGAUUUUCUUAUUCAUUGUAUUUAUCUUCCCCCUUCUCUUUCUGAUGAUGAUGCAAUUUCUAUUCUUUAUGACCUCCCCCUCUCUUCUUCUUCUAUUCCUUCUUCUAACACUAUUUUUUGUGGUGAUUUUAAUUCACGUAUGGGAUCCUUUCUUGGUGACCAUGCUAUCACUUCGCGAGGAACUUCUUUUCUUCAGUGGAUCCAGGCAACUGGUCUCACUUGUUGGAAUGAAUUACUUGCAUUUGGUAUUCCUACCUUUCUUUCUGGUGGCUCUGGUACCUCACGUUCCAGUGUCAUUGAUUUAUUUCUUUCUACAUCCCCCCUUCUCAAUCCUUCUAUGCAAAUUCGUUCUGAUCUUUCUUUAGGCUCUGAUCACAAAAUGGUCAACCUCACUUUCACUCCCUAUGUUUCACCUCCCCCUCCCCCUACUAAUCAUCCGCGCCUACUUUGGAAUCUUUCCAAGCUUGCUCAGCCUGACACUCUCAAGAUCUACAUUGAUACAGCUUCUGCGUCAUUGGACAAUCUGACAGAGCAGUUCAGUGCUUUCCUUUCUUCUUCUUCUCCUCCUCCUGUAGAUUCUCUGUGCUCUGCUUUUGCUCAAGCUAUCUAUGAUGCUCUGGACACUGCUGUUGGUCGUCGUACACCACGUACCAUGCAAAAGUACUGGUUCUGGUCAGUGGACCUUCAAGAAGCAAUGGAUCUGAGAGAACGCAGCUACCAACACUGGCGUCAUUCUAGUGGUUUGCAGAAGGCUAUAUGCUGGAUGCGCCAUCAGGAUGCAUGUCAUGCUGUUAGGUUAUCAGUCCAGCAUCGUCGACGUGAAACAUGGAAAGAAUUCUGCAACAAAUUGGCAACACAAGACUUUGCAAAGACCACAGCAACAAUGAAACGUAUUAAAAGCCAUCGUCAAACCAGUCCUGUCUUUGUGGAUCCGGGUGGACCUCAAGUAGCUGCUAACAAAAUGGCUGAUCAUCUUCAACAGAUUUUCUCCGGUCAAUUUCUUCCUGCACGCCGCCCUCCGGACCAGACAGUGAUGAUUUCAUCACCAAUUGCAAUUGAUGAAUCGUGUCCUUUUACUCAUCUUUCUGUAGAGAGUGCAAUUCUCAAGCUUCCUACACGCAAGGCUCCUGGUGUUGACCAUCUUCGUGCUGAAAUGCUUCACCCAAUUAGAUGUAAGGUUCUUUUAAACUAUUUAAUUGCAGAGAGAAUAAUCAAAUUAUGGCAUCUUUUUUUUUUGGAUGUUACAUUAAAUUAA